AGGUUUUUAACAAUGGAUGACUUGACUGUUUUUGCUCUUACAAUGUUGCUGAUGACAAAACAACACGGGGAGAACUGUUUAUAUUAACUACAGUCGUCGACUAUUGGGUAUAAUUUAAAACAGUCGACUCCUUGGUGAUAAAUAAGGUCAACAACGGGAUGUAGCCAAUGAAAUGGAGUAUGAUGAGAGACUUGCACUUUUCCGCCAAACCCGCCUCAAUCCCUUUGAUCGUGGAGAGGAAGAAGAUGGUCUCCAAGAAGGCAAGAUGCCUCCACAGCAAGAAGCAAGGCCUGAGCUGUUUUCUGCAAGCAGAACCCACAGUUCAGAUCGGACCAUGGACCUUGGUCUAGCUGAGGACCACUUCUCAAGGCCUAUGGGUUCGUUUGUGGCAUCCGACAUUGAACAGCUGAAACUGGCCAUAGAGGAGUGUAAAAAGCUGAUUUUAGAGCUGCCAGAACACUCGGAGAGACAGAAGGACACUGUGGUGAAACUUAUCCACCUUCGUCUCAAACUGCAGGAACUUAAGGACCCCGAGGAGGAUGAGCCUAAUCUGAGAGUCCUACUGGAGCACCGCUUUUCCAAGGAAAAGAGCAAGAGUGUGAAACAGACCUGUGACAAGUGUAGCACUAUCAUCUGGGGCCUUAUCCAGACUUGGUAUACCUGCACAGGUUGCUAUUAUCGAUGCCAUAGUAAGUGUAUGAACAUGAUCACAAAGCCCUGCGUCAGGUCGAAGGUCAGCCACCAGUCCGAGUAUGAGCUCAGCAUCUGCCCUGAGAUAGGACUAGACCGGCAAGACUACCGUUGUGCGGAAUGUCGAACACCUAUUUCACUGAGGGGCGUGCCAAGUGAAGCCAGACAGUGUGACUACACAGGCCAAUAUUACUGCAGCACAUGCCACUGGAAUGACACCACCAUCGUCCCAGCUCGCGUCAUCCACAACUGGGAGUUUGAACCACGCAAGGUUUGUCGCUCCUCAUUACGCUACCUGGCCCUGAUGCUGCCACGACCUGUCCUGAAGCUGAAAGAAAUCAACCCGCUGCUAUUCAACUUUGUGGAGGAACUGGUUGAGAUCAGGAAACUCCGUCAAGAUAUUCUGUUGAUGAAACCCUAUUUUAUUACCUGUAAGGAGGCCAUGGAGGCUCGGCUAUUACUACAGUUACAAGAUCGGCAGCACUUUGUGGAGAACGAUGACAUGUACUCACUACAAGAUUUGAUUGACAUCUCCAGUGGCAGGCUCAGCUGUUCCCUCACAGAGAUCCACACUACGUUUGCUAAGCACAUCAAACUAGACUGUGAGCGUUGUCAGGCCAAAGGAUUUGUGUGUGAGCUGUGUAAGGAAGGAGACAUCCUGUUCCCUUUUGACAGUCACACCUCGGUCUGCAACGAGUGUUCUGCUGUCUUCCACAGAGAUUGUUACUAUGACAAUUCCACAACUUGUCCACGGUGUGCCCGAAUGACUGAUCGCAAGCAGGAAGAGGAGUCAGACGUCAAAGAUGCAUGAUUCCGGAGAGGACUACCUGAAGCUACUGGAUGUUGCACUUCGCCUCAUAUUGUGCUCUAAUCGAUCAAGAAAGUCUUAUGGAAGCUUUUCGUCUUUGUCCUUGGUUUGUUUUGUGCAUAUGUUUAGAACUGUAGUGUCUUUAUUUUCCUGCGCACUUCAUAAGGAAGCAGGGUACUAAACACAAUCUCGAAAUUAAUAUAUAUGUAUAUUUUUUAUCCAACUUUUUAAUCCAUACUGAAAUUGGAUGUACUGAACACUGUGUAUGUUUGUUUGUGUGAGUGAGUGAGUUGCAUUAGUGCAUAUGUCUGCUUGUAUAAAUGUACAAAAUAAAUGCCCUAUAGUGAAAAGCCACCUCAUCAGUAGGUGAUUAUGGAUGCGGGAGUUGUAUAUUAAGUGUUACGAGGCUCGACUGAGUGAACAUAUACUGCCAACUUUGCUGAAUACUAAAGGUUUAAGGUUGCCAUAUCUAAAAAUGUUAUUGAAUUUUAAGGAUUACAUCUCCAGUUUGCAAAGACAAAAUCAUGUUAACCAGAAAUUCACCUUUCACGUCCCAGUGGAUGUUUUCAUUUUAGAAACAAAAUCCUGUAAACAUGCUUGAAAGUGAAGUGGGUGACCUUGCACUGAGAUAUCAUUUCCAAACAUCUGUUUAUUAGGUCAUAUGAUGCAUAGUGUUUAAUUAUUUUACAAUAUGAAAUUUAUUAAAUCUGCUGUUAUAAAACUCUUUAUCUCAGAAGUAUUGUCCUUAAAGCAGUCUAUACUCCUCCAUUUGUGCCUAUUUUCCUUUCAGACUCAUAAUCGUUUGAUCUGUUUUACAUUGCAUACCAUACCAAGAAAAAAUAUUGCCAGGCCUUAUAACAAUGUUUCUUUUCAGGUUACAGUGUAGGCCUGCUUUGAUUUUGUAAAUUGUCAAUUAGCCACCCUGGAUACUGGAAACAAUUAUAUGGCUUGAAAUAGUUUUGACAAGUAAGAGUGUGUAUAUACAAUCAUUAAAUCAGUACUUUGAAUUAUACAUGCAUAUAUUGGCAACAGAUCUCUAAUCAAAGCAUGCAACAUUUUCUCGUAAGGAGAAUAGUUUAACUGAAAAAGAAAAGGAUUGUGGGAGUUUUCCUUUCAUUCAAAACCAUGAUGUCAUUGUAGACAGUCUGUGUUUUAAUCUGGUUCACUUUAGUGCAGUGUGUAGCAAAUAGAUGUGAAUAUUCAUAAACAUUGUGCCUACAGGUUGCAUAAAGCUGUUAUCCAAACAUCUUAAUACACUUACCAUCAUGUUAAUGGUUUCAGUCUUAAUUACAUAUAGCACAUUUUGUCCAGAGAUGACAAAGAUGUUAAGUGACACCUUUGAUAAUGUGUAAAUGUUGACCUAAAAUAUUUGUUUUAAAAUAAUGAGUUUUGGCUGUGUUAUCUUUCAGCAUGAUGAACUGUAUUUGUUUUGGUUUUUUUCAAACUAAUGAACAGACAUGGUGUUGGUGAAAAGCAAUGCCCUGUUGUAAAACAUGAAGUAGUGCAUGAAUAAAGUAAUGAAAUGCAUUAACA